UGUAGAUGGCCUCUUCUAGUCUCACUUCGUCUAUCCUUACACUUUUGAUUUAUUUAUACUGCUUGAAUUCGCUGUUAUUCAUGCUAGCCCACAUCUCCUAUGGCAUGAAUUGGUGGCAGCAGACGAAUGUGUUUGGAUCAAACAUUUACGUAGCUUGUAUUACAGCUGUCGCCGGAGUAGUCAGUGGAAUUACUGCAAUCUAUGCACUCAAAGCUGUUGUACCACAUUGCUCUGACGGUGAGGAGGACACACCUGAGAUAGCGUUGCGAAGGUCUUGCAUGGCUUCUUUUUUGUCUUCGUUCUCAUGCUUUAUGCUGAUGUUUUUGGCGAUGGAUUAUAUAGACUUAGCGAGUGAGGAAAAUUUUUCCCUCAGAGAUAAUCUCAGCAGUGUCUGGGUAAUUAUUUGUGCCUGGCUUAUGACAAAUGCUGUAUUUGUGGUUGUCGUAUGGCUUUUCAAAUACGUGAAGCAAUCAAAACUUACCUCAAAUGGGCCUGAAAAGAUGCCAUAUCAUUCCCAGAUUGAGCAUCCAGUUCUCAAGGUAGUUCUCAAGAAGUCAGUUGAAAAGAAUCCGCCUUAUUGGUUGUAGAGUCAAAAUUUAUGGUUAUCUUGUAGCCAAAAUAGCAACGAGUACCUAAAGCAAAGAGGCAUCAACGUUACAAAAGCUGUGAAUUUUGGCAAUAAACGUUUGUCAUUAUUCUGAAUUUAUACCUCUUCUGUUUUGAUGAGUGUUUUGAUGAGUUUAAAGGCAAACGAUUGCAUGUUUUCUUAUGUUACUAUCAGCUUCCGAGG